UCCUCAUUUCAAUAUUAACUGUUUACCAGAAGCGAAACAGGUUUGGGGUUAGGGUGCUGAGUGCGCGCAUGUCUCUCCGGCUGAGCAAGAGCUUUUUCUCCCCUCUGUCCCUUCGCAGCCACAGGUCAUUACACUGAGCAGCCUGAAACUGCCUGAUGCUGGCUUUUUCCAGCCUGACUUCAGAAGGGCCAGGUCUGUGGAUGCGCUUCACCCCCUGCUUCGGCCGAGCGACAGCAACAGAGCUCAGGGCUGGGGCUGCUGCUUUCCUCCGAGACCCAACUCGCUGAAGGAUUCCUCCCUCUCCACAGAGCCAUAAUAAUGACACAGAUGCAGUUUAAAGAUGCAUUUUGGUGCAAGGAGUUCACCUUCCACACUGGCUACGAGGUGCUCGUACAGCGGCUGCUGGAUGGGAGGAAGAUGUGCAAAGAUGUGGAGGAUUUGCUCAAGCAGAGAGCACAAGCAGAAGAGAGAUAUGGGAAAGAGCUGAUUCAAAUUGCCCGAAAAGCAGGAGGACAAACAGAAAUCAACACACUGAAGGCAGCAUUUGAGAGGCUCAAGCAACAAAUCGAAAGUGUUGGAAACUCCCAUAUCCAGCUGGCAGUAAUGCUGAAGGAUGAACUGAAAGGAAUAGAGGAGUUCCGAGAAAGACAGAAGGAGCAAAGGAAAAAGUAUGAGUCUGCGAUGGAGCGCAUGCAGAAGAGCAAGUUGUCCCAUUAUAAGAAAACAAUGGAGUCAAAGAAGACCUAUGAACAGAAGUGCAAGGAAGCGGACGAGGCCGAGCAGUCCUUUGAACGAACAAGUGCUUCAGGCAACCAGAAACAAACAGAAAAGAGCCAGAACAAAGCCAAGCAAUGCAGAGACGCAGCAAAUGAAGCAGAGAACGUGUACAAACAGAACAUUGAGCAGCUGGAUAAGGUCAGGACAGAGUGGGAACAGGAACAUAUCAAAACCUGCGAGGUCUUCCAGCUGCAGGAGUGCGACCGCAUCACCAUCCUCCGCAACUCGCUGUGGGUUCACUGCAACCAGCUCUCCAUGCAGUGUGUGAAGGAUGACGAGCUGUAUGAAGAGGUUCGAGUAAGCUUGGAGAACUGCAUCAUAGAGUCAGACAUAGACUACUUCAUUAAGACUAAAAUGACAGGAACACAACCUCCAGAUGCAAUAGGCUACGAGAACUACUACAGCAGAGAACCAAACCGGAGCAACAGCAGCCCAACCCACUCUUGUGGCAUGAUGAAGAGAUUUUCCGGACUACUGCAUGGAAGCAGCAAAAACAACACAGAAAGUGUCACCCCUUCAGCCCCUCCUCUUGCAGAGGAGACAGAGAGAGUCUAUGCACCGAUCUUUGUAAAUGAACAAGCUGGAAUCACGUCAUCACAGGACUACAGAGUACUUUAUGACUACACAGCCCAGAAUACGGAUGAACUGGACAUCAGUGAAGGAGACAUUGUAGUUGUCAUUGAAGUAAACGAGGACGGCUGGUGGACAGCAGAAAGGAACGGGCGGCGAGGCUUUGUGCCUGGGUCUUAUCUUGAAAAGCUUUGAUGAGAAGAAGCUCCAGUCCUCAGACUUUAAAAAUAUUCUAUUAUGGAAAACAAACAGCACACAAGGUCUGCUUCAGCUGACCGAGGGCAACCCAUACUGUCUUCUACAAUAAUCAACUGACCAUGCUUUUCUUGUCCUCCUGCCUCAUCCCAGCACCUCCUGGCCUACGCUGUCUGCAAAAACUGUCUUCACCUCACAGAGACUAGGACUUGCAUUUCUUACCACAGCCCUUCCUACCCUCAGCACACUGUGUCACAAAGCUUGGCAAAUCUGGGAGGAAAAUCCCACCCAGAACUUAACUGCACUGAAAGAAAAAGAUCAAGGAAGCAAGUGCUGUUUCUCCAGGAUGGAUCAUCUCCAGGCAGCCUAUGAGCCACUCUCAUGGUCACAGUAGCCACGUUCUCUGCCAUGGAUCCCCUCCUCUCACUGCACAGGCCAUGCAAGCAUUUUUGAUAGUGGGGUGGAAAGCACACUCAAAAAGCAGAUAGCUUUGAUGUCACAGGCUCUUAGCUGUACAAAGCAAGGAAGAAGCUCUCUUAAGUUCCUUUUAAGAGCCCUCUUUCAAGUUCCCCUUACAGCAUGUGGGUAACCAGGGAGAAAGGUGGGUAACCCUCCACUCUUCUUUAUCAGAGUCACUGAAGAAAACAUGAAAAACAAUGAAUGCAGUUGGAGAGAAAAACCUGAAGGACCAAGAUGCAUCAGUAGCAAGAAAACAUAAGGCACUCCUCAUAACGGCCAUCUCCUAAUACAAUGAAAUUCCUGCUCUCCAUGGCUCUGCUUUGCACUGGAUUCUGGGGCAGCAAAAUAUGGACAGAUGAUGAGCCCAAGGCUUGCUUGCCUUGGUUGGAUGGUUUCCCCGACAAUUCCUUUGGAUUUUUCGUCUUUAGAAAAAUAACAACAAACCCAACAAAUAAGCAAAGCCUCCAGCAGUGCUGCACUGCCCUCAUCCCUCUCCUCCGAGCUCCAGAGAGAAGUGCCAAUUACCUCUUCUGCAAUCUGCAUACCCAUGUCAUCAGUGCAUUCUCCUUUCAACUCCUCUGUCCCCCUGGCUGAUCCCUUCCUCCUCUUCUGCCACAGGAUUUUCUGUAUCUAAAUGCUAUCUAAAGCCUCUGCAUCUCUGGGAUUGCUGGCACAGACACAUCCUGGUUCCUCUCCAGGCACACGUUAAACACCCUUGUUCUUCAACAAACCCCCUUCAGAGAGGUCACACUGUGCAGGUUCACUGUAUUUCACAGAUUUUGGUGCUAUCAGUCCUUCUAGUUUGGUAUUUAAGAACGUUUCCAACUGCCACUGUACUUACCAAGGGAUCAAUAGGUAUUUUUUGCCCUUCCUCCCUUUUCAGUAUUUUGUCAUGGUUUAAAAAGAAAAAAAUAAAAAUUGGUGACUUAAUCUGAAGCAGAGCGCGCUAUUUCUGGGGGCAGAAUGACCUUGUUGGCCAAGGUUUCAGGUCUUAAAACCAAACCAAGUCAAUGAAAAUGAAUCAAAUUGCUAUCCAAAAGGCACGGAGCAGGGAGGAACUGUUGGUUAAGACACAAUGGGAAGUACAAAGAGAAAUCUAGAAGAAAAAGCCAUAAUGGUCAAUGCAAUUAUUCCUUAAGUGAAACAGAAUGAAGGUCUUGCUUCAAGAAUGGAAUAAAAGGUGCCACAGGCCCUUUUUCUUCACUUCCCUGCAGUCCUGUGCACACGAACACUUGUCUUUCCCACACUUUCCCAAGUUAUUAUGCAGCAAAUCUUCAUCAGAGCUGAAGAGCUCUUAGUACCUUGCCUUAGCACAGGCUCAGAGGAACUGCAGAAACUUGAAUGGCAUUUAAGGCACUUAGUUAUACAAAGAGUAGUGCUUGUUCAGGCUGAAGAUUUUAAUGACAGGUUUCCAUGACCAGGUCUGAACUGAGCAGAGAUAGAUGGUCCACAACAGCCUUCAACUAGGCCAACACACUGUAAACAGACAACUACAACAGCGCUCGUUAUGUACAGGAUGAGAGGAAACCUAAAGUAUGAGAGAUUUAAGGU